AUAACUAAAAUUUUUGGUAGAUUAACUACAGAGAGUCUGUGUAUUUCAACAUUUAAUUUGGGAACAAAAGUUGUACGACUCAUCAAAGGUACGAAAAUAAACCAUAAACUUUGUGUAGUUCACAACUUAAAAUCAAUGACGAAUAUAACGUGAACUAUCAGUGAUAAAAAAUACAACAGAUUAAAGUUUUAGAUGAUUUUUACGGAUAAUCUUUGAUUGAAUCGAUACAAAUAAACUAAAUAUUGAUUUUUUAUUCGCAAAGUGCAAUAAUAUCGCACUAUUAAAAUCGUAUUGAGGAAAAGACAAAUGGCUCAAUCAAUAAGUAAUCCAGGAGUAUCAUAUUCAAGCGUAACAAACCAAGCACAAAUUGAUUUUGGGGGCUCUGGUGCCCGUUCGGGCGCAAUAGAAAAAGGUGAAAGAACCACCGGUAGUGAUCCAAUUGAAGUUGUUAUCAAAAGCACUGAACUAACUCGCACUGAAGUCUGUUGGUGGUUUAUCCGUUUGCUGAUUAUUUCCGGGGUGAUUCUUCUUAUUGCGUUUUGGGUGAUUGGGUUUUGCUUUCGUGAACUUGAUCGGGUUGCCCGUUCUACUGUCGAUUAUACGGUAGCAACGAUAAAUAAUUUAAAUAAGACAGUCAACUUCACAGGAAUUGGGCACAUUGGUCGAUCUGCCAACGAAGAAUAAUCUUGAGGCGUGUUUAAAAUCAUUUAGCCCAAAAAUAACAAAUAUCAUAAUAAUAUUAACAUCACAAUAACAAUAUACACACACAAUAAAUAACAAAACACAUUCAAACUGAAAAACCAAAAUGAAAGUCGAUACAAGCCGCCUGAAAAAGAGCACCUCAGAAGUGCCGACUGAAUGUCAAACACUUAUUGAUAAAUUGCGGUCUUGUUCAAUGGAUGAAUUGUUGGAUGAGUUGCGAAAAAUUGACACCUGGACAUUCGGUGGAACAUCUAACUCAAUUAUUGCCGUCAACAAACAUGGAAAUUGUCCUAGGUGAACCUAUUGUACAUGUUUUCGAAGCGUAGCAAUUUUAUACCACGAUUGAAUUGUGCCAAACGAAACGCGCUCCUUGCCCGACUCAUCUACAUAGCAGAGAGUUGGGGUGGAAAAGAGCACGGAUAUGGAUUGGCCGAAUGUUGCCAUCGUUCAAUGAAAAUUACCGAUUCAUUCCCAAAAUGUUACUACGAAUACUAUGACAGUAAUGGUAAGCUUAAAUCCAUCGAACAGGACGAGUUUGGCGAUUUUAUUGGCAUUACAAAUCUCAGUGAAAUUGCCUAUUUGAUGUGCUGUAGAAUACCAAUUUCAUUAGACGACGACCAAAAGAUGUUGAUUUUCACACGCGUACGACUUUCGUUGGCAUUUCACGAUUAUGAGACCCAACUGCAAUUUGUUUUGGCUCGUCUGCAAGCUUUGUCCGUGCUUGUUUAUUCCAAUUCAUUACAAGAUAAUAUAAACACACUGGAUCCAGGAUUCUUAGAAGAAUUAGUUGAACUAUUGGAAAUGCGACAAACCAAUCUAGCCGCCCUACGAUCACUAACAUCCAUUAUUCAUUUGCCAUGAUUUUGGAUUUUAUCGAUCGUGCAAUGCGACGUCGACGAAGUAGCGAUCCAAAAGGUGAUACUGCAGCAAAUCUUGGUUGUCAAAUCCAACGCCAUGGAUGAAUUAAUGCAUCAUCAACCGAACCUAAAAACGGAAGCAACAAAGGCAAUUAUUCGAUUGCUUGAAGAGCUUGUGAAAUUGGGAACAGAUGAGAAAUACAUUUGUUCGCUUUCACACAAUAACAAAUGUGAAGAUUCAAGCAAUGGAAGCAAUAAUACUAUGAGAUCAGGCAAUAAUGCAAGUUCUAGCAGUAGUAACAACAGCCGUCCAUCAAUUCAUGUUCGUGUACUACACGUUGAUAAUGCUAUAAAUCGAGGAGUGAACAGCUCUGUUAAUUUGAACCAUGAUCCUGUUGAUUCAGUUCGUAACAAUAUUGGAGCUUCAACAAAUAGCAAUGUUGAAACUGGCUCAGAAGACGAUGAUGAAGAUGAAGAACCACAUCAUCACAUCACAACAUCAUUAGAUGUAAAUUAAUUUGGUCCUACGUUAGUGAUUUUUAACCCUUUUUUUGCCUUCUAAAUAAAAAUUAAAUGCAAAUUGUAACA